AUGACCCUGGAGACAUUUGUUCUGGCUGCCAGGAGCACCAGGCUUCCCGGGACACAGGUGCCAGAGCAGGGAGCAGGCGGGCGAGUGGCGAGGUGGGAAGUCGGCUCCGGGCGGUCAGGGGCGGCUUUGUCUCCUCCCCGCCCGUGGAGCUGCGGGCGGCGGUGCCCCGCGGUGCCCGGCGGCCGCCGCGCUCACAGCCGCGCUUCUCUUCCAGCCUGCAUCUGCGAGAAGAACAAGCGUGUCAUCAACUGCAAGAUGGUCAACGGCGUCUGCUGGUGCGACUCGGUGGGAUCCCGCGUGUCUGUGAACUGCGAAACUUUGACUUCAAAAUGCCUGUUGAUGAAAGCAGAAGUGACAAGCUCGAAAUCAGGUCGUCGUGAGAAACCAAAAGAUGCAUUUGAAGAUACUGAUGGCCUUUAUGAUCCCGAGUGUGAAAAUACUGGUGUUUUCAAGGCGAAGCAGUGCAACGGAACUACCUGUUGGUGUGUGAAUACGGCUGGUGUUAGAAGAACCGACAAGCAUGACGAAGACUUGAAAUGCAAUCAGUUAGUCAGAACGACGUGGAUCAUCAUUGAAAUGAAACAUGCUGAAAGAAAUUCUCCUCUGAACACCGAAUCUUUAAAGAAGUUCUUCAGGGAUACAAUUACCAAUCGUUACAUGCUCGAUGGACGCUAUGUAACUGGUGUUGUGUACGAAAAACCUUACAUUACUAUUGAUUUGAAGCAAAACUCCUCAGACAAAUCUUCUGGAGAUGUGGAUAUAGCUGAUGUGGCCUACUAUUUUGAAAAAGAUGUAAAAGGUGACUCCAUCUUUCAUAAUAACAUGCUAAACAUGAGCAUUGAUAAUGAAGUGCUGAGGUUUGAAAAGACAGUGGUCUACUAUGUUGAUGAAAUAGCACCGGAGUUUUCCAUGAAGUCUCUGACUCCUGGCCUCAUUGCUGUCAUUGUAGUAGUAAUAGUAGCAGUAGUUGCUGCCAUUGUUGUUCUGGUCUUCACAAGGAGGAGAAAAGGGAAGUAUGUGAAAGCAGAGGUAAAGGAAAUGAACGAAAUGCAUAGAGGACUGAAUGCAUAACUAAAUCCGCUGAAGACAGAAUAAGAUUCAAACAAACAUAGUGGAAACAUUGGAGGCAUGGAUCUUAACUCUUAAAGAUUCCUCCUGAAAGAGAGGCAAUUGUGCUCACUAAUGAUUGUUAAUAACAGCCAAGACUGGUAACCAUGCUACUAUUUUUACUAUUUGUUGAGAGUUGAAUCUUAAACGCUCCAUCUUACUCAAGUCAAACUUAACUAUUGCUCCCUGAUUUUAUUGUUUUUAUUGUGAUUAAAUAAGUUGACAACUGCUGUUACUAGGGUUUCAGAGCAUACAUGUUUAAAUGUUUUUUACCCCUGUGGGAGGUUUAUUGAAAGUAAUGAUUUUUGUAGCCAUGUUUUAACAAGACUCUCUCCUGUAUAACUGAACAUGAUGUUUUAUGGCUGUUUGUACAUAUUUGAAGUUGCUGUAACUUUUUUUAUGACUUGAAUUAAUAAAACUUUGAAACGGGCUUCUACUUCUUCCAUGUUGAAAUGAUGAAGAUCUGCUAAGCUACUGUGCUUAAAGAUUCAGCAGUGUAGUAUUUCCUUAAAACACCAACCUUGAUGUAGGUGAAAAAUAUUCUAGAACUCUAAAGAAGUUUGUAUUGAGUUUGUAUCUCAAUAGCAUGUUAUUUUUUCUUAAAGCUGUGAAAAGUAUGCUUUAUCCUAUUUUCCCCUCUUAAUGUGCAACAGGAGUAAAAUAAAAUAUGGAUUGUUUGUAUAAAAAA